CUACAAACAUUCACAAACAACCACAUUCAAAGUCACUUAAAUCACCUUCCCCCCAGCCUGAUGCAUCAACCUGAACUUCAGCAGGUUGUUUUGUCCAUGUCAGCAUGCCUAAAUGGAUCGAGCCUCUGCAAUGUGAUUGGCUGAUUAGAUAUUUGUGUUUCAGAGCAGUUGAACAGGUGUGCCUAAUAAAGUGGCCUGUGAGCAUAUAUGUACCCCUUUGUUAUUGUUCUGCUUUGAAGGAGGCAGAGUAUAAAAGUGUCUGAAGGUCCAGUCCACACUCCAGACCAGUUGGUGGUGGUAAUGCAUCGGUUCCUUGUUUGCACACCGCCAGUAAAAAUCAAAGAUGGGUUGAAGGUGUCUGCGCAGGUGCCUGCUUAAAACACAGAAGACCUUCGUUUUGGUGAUCCGUUGUGUUGAGGGGGGUUGUGUUGGAUUCUGCGCAUGCCUGGUUCAUCUUUAAGGAGCCUGCAGUUAUUUAAGGAAGAAAACAAACAUGAACGAAGUGGAUUAUCAUCGAGAGGACAACACGGAGAAUCUGGAUUUAGAAGAAAAGUCCGAGGUUAAACUCCUGGGAGUCCGUCAGCUGCAGGAUGUGGAUAUAAACCAAAUGGUGCCUGCAGAUAUUCAGCAGCUGCUGGUGAUGAAAGAAGAGGUUCCAUGGAGCCCGAGUCUGGACCAGCAGGAAGCAGAGCAUCAAUACAUAAAGGAGGAACAGCAGAUCUGCAGAAGUCAGGAGGGAGACCUGGAGGAGACCAAUAUCACCAACUUCCUUGUAAAGAGUGAAGAUGAUGAAAAUAAAUUUAUGUCCUUGGAGCUUCAGCCAAGCCAAACUGAACACAUCUCAGAGGCUGAAGCUCCGAACAGCAACUCAGCCAAAGGGAGGAAUCCAGAAAAGGAUGGAGGUAAACGGCUGUCAGAUGCUAAGUUACACACUGUGGAGAAACCAUUCGGUUGUGACAGCUGUGGUAAAGCAUUUAGUUGCAAUAUGCAUCUCAUAAGGCACAUGAGAGUCCACACAGGAGAGAGACCUUUUGUUUGUGACAUUUGUGGUGAAAGAUUUACACAACAGGAGGUUCUGAAGAGACACAUGAUAGUUCACACGGGAGAGAAACCGUUUGGUUGUGGCGUUUGUGGCAAAACAUUUAGACAUCAGAAUACUCUUAAGAGACACACGAGUGUCCACACGGGAGAGAAACCGUUCGAGUGUGGUUUUUGUGGUCAAAAGUUUAGCCAAAAGACUCAUCUCAAACAACACGUAAGAGUUCACACAGGAGAGAAACCAUUUGGCUGUAACGACUGCGGUAAAACGUUUCGUCGCCAUGCGCAUCUCAAGAGGCACACAAGCGUCCACACUGGAGAGACACCAUUUAGCUGUGGAUUUUGCAGUGAAAGAUUCACCAGACAGGGAAAUCUGAAAAGAUAUAUGAGGGUCCAUACGUGAUAGAAUAUUUUGUUUGUUUAUAUGUUUUCUAACAGUAACAUAGUAUUUUUCUACCUUUUUCUAUUUUUUUUUUUUUUUUAUCUGUUGCUUCAUUUCUUCUAUAUGUGUUACAAAUUCAGAAAUACAAAAUGAGAGCCGGAUUAGGCGUCAAUGAUUAGAACCACCUUAGAGAGUAAAAGGUCAAACUUCAUCAUCAAGGAUCAGGUGGGCAAGGCCAACCCAAAAACAGACUUCUCUUGCUGGGAUCAGCAUUUAGGACCAGGUUUUAAAAAAAACUAAGGUGCAGUUAUUUGGCACCUGGAGUAAUAAACAUGUUGACACACACCAAAGACAGCUUUUCAGGAGAACCACCUCAUACCGCCUGUGAAGCAUGGCGGUGGACAUUUUAUGAUUCAGGGUCAUCAUCACUGUACGUGUUCAGAGGAUGUGAUUUCAUCCAAGUUAGUUAAACAGAAGUUUAACGAUUGUCCUGAUCACAAUAUUAAAUCCCCACAGGUGAUGCUUUAAAAGAGCAGAAAUUGUGGCUUCAAAGCCCAGACACAGUUUGGAGAGUUUUGUAUAAAAGAGUGGUAAAAUGCUUUUUUGCAGGCUGAUGUCAGAGGAUUGUGAAUAAUUAUGCUAACAGCAACAAGAAAGAAAUGACUUCUUUUAAAACUACCGUCUGAUAAUAAUUGCGUCCGUCUUUUUGCACAAACUGCUGUUUUGUGGCUGAAUAAAUGACCGGAAAAGCUGGUUGUGGUGUUGCACUGUUUGUCUAUAACAACAGCGUGCCGUGAUUUAUUGACAUGUGUCAAGAGACAGGAAAAGCAUCAAGUACAAGGACUGGACUGUCCAAAGGAAAACUUUCAAAACCUGGAGAAGUAUUGCUCAAGAGCUCCUAUUUAAAAAAUUCACAGAAAAUAAAACUCAUUGGAAACAAAACAUAAAGACAUAAAAGUGGCUCAAGAAGACUUUUGCACACUAUUAUAUGUCUUUAGUAUGAUUAUUAUUUAUACUGACUGUGUAUAUAUUUUGUUUUGAACAUGUUAGGUUAGUGAUGGUGUGAUGAACUUAAAGACUUUCUGAGUCAUGAAGGUGCAAAUGGAUGUGAUUAUACUUCUCUGAAAGCUCGCAUGUUGUUCUCCAUAUAAUCAAAACUCUGCUGAACACAUAAUCUGGUCAACAGCAGAGUUUUGAGUUUAAAACCACAUUUUCACUCAUUAUUUCACCAAUCAUGCUCUGAUUCUCUGCUGAAGGAAUUCUUUUACAUACUCUAUCUGUAAAGCUGAUUCUCAGUAAUACCACCAAAGGAAUAUGUGCAGUGAAUGUGGUAAGCUUAUAACAAUGUUUCUAUGUUUGGUCCUGAUUUGCAGAUUAGAAAACUGAUCAUUAUUAUUGCAAAAAAUAUAUCCAUCCAUCCAUCCGCUUCCGCUUAUCCUUUCCAGGGUCGCGGGGGGUGCUGGAGCCUAUCCCAGCUGUCAUAGGGCGAGAGGCGGGGUACACCCUG